AAAGAUAAUAAUAAUAAUAAUAAUCUGGUGGCUGAUUUUCUUCGUGGUCAAUUUUUAUAUUAUGGAUGAUCAUGUGACUGUUGGCUGGAAGACUGUUGUUGACACAUGAUGAUCAGGCUCAGCUGACACCCCGCCUCACGCAGCCAGUUGCUCCACACACGAUUUCUUGCUUUCCCUCUCGUUUGGUUUCCUGCCAUGGAGAAGCCGCUAGAGAAGUGCCUGGAUGAGAUUGCGCACAGUACAGGAGUGUCCGGGGUCCUGUGUGCUGACCAUAAGGGACUGUGUCUUGGAGUUAGAGGCAAGGCCAGCAGUGCAUCAUCAGGCACUGUGGCAGCAUUAGCCGAAAGGGUAGCCUCACUGGAGCCUGGCAGCCUGGACCCUGUCAUCCUACUGGAGAGUGACAACAGUCAGUGCCUUAUUCACCGCAACAAUGGCAUCACCCUUGCAGUCUACAAGUCGCCAGAGACUUCAUGAGCCCUGCAUCUGAAAUGAAAGAUACAGAUAUUGAUGUAUAAGUUAUAUUCAUCUUAAGUUUGAUCAGAGCCAUUUGCACAAGAUGUCUUUCAACUUCAAUUCCUCAUUCUACUGAUUUUGCAGAAUUUGUUUCCAAAAAUGGAGAUAUGUAAAACUCUUGUAUUCAGAGUUUGUACAGAAUGUACAUUCAAAUUAUAAUAGAAUGGCAACUCUGCAGACUAGUGAUUCCAGUCAGCUUGUUUUAGCCACUAUAGUUUUACUCUACAUGUAAGCAUUUAUUUAUUCAUUUUGCUUUUUUUUUUUUCGAGUGUAUUAGCUUUCUCAAUAGGUGGUACACAGGAAAGUAACCAACAGGAAUCUAUUACUUUGAAAUUUUUAUUACAAACUGUUGAGUUCCAUUCUCCAACAACUUUUCCACAGAUGGAUUACCAAAACACUUGAAUGUGUAAUGAAAGUAUUUGCCUUCAUCGAAACAAAGAGUGGACGUUAAUGAUGACAUAUAUAUCCAACCACUUUGUUUUAAAUCACACGAGAAAAUUAGGUAAAUAUUUUAGUGAACCUACAAAAAAAGAAUACCCUAAAUGUACUUUUGUCUAGUUUUGGAGCCAUGGCCCAGAACUUUUAAUCAUAAAACCAGAUGAUCUAGGUAUUUCAAAAUCUAGAUCCUUUACAUUAAAAUGGGUGUACCAGAUGUGCAUAACAAACAAAUUUACAUACCUUGAAAUUAACAAUAUUCUAAUAAAUGUGAAAUAAACAAAAUUCCUUAAAGACCUAUUAACACACAUGUAUAUCAUAACCUAAUACAAAUUCUUAACAAUGAUCUUAGGUUGCAAUUCAUCUGAAGAUUUUGGAUAUUAAAAAAUUUCUGGUACGUAGAAUGGAGCCCAGCUACACAGUUAGACAAUGUCAAAUAGUUGAUUCUAAUGAAGUAAGUUAAUGUGAAUCACUCAACAAGAACCUCAGUCUUUAGUUUUCAGGGUUCACAGCCUAUCACAAGCUGGUAAAGCCUAAGUAGCCCCUGAACUAGCUAUUAAUGCAAUCUGUAAAAUGGACAUCAUGAAGGAUAGAUAAGAGAAUAAGUCUUACUUAAAACAAAUAUUUUCUUGUGUAAAGCAAUAUGUGUAUUGAGCAGAGUAUGAUACUCUCCCAAAACAAUUAUACAAAUUGCAGGUUCCUAAGUGGCAUUAGCAGUACUACCAUCACUUAAUUAAAGAGAAAGUGUACUUGACAUAUCACAGAAUCCCAGAAAGAUGUUUGCAUCAAUUCAUAAUCAAACAAAUAUAAAUAGUUCUCAGAGGACCAGUAGCAAUACAGGAUGUGUAUUGCUGUACAGCUUUGUUGCAGAUAAGAAUACUUUACUUAAUAUAAUGAAUAAAAUAAUUGGGCUGUAUGAUUACAAUAAAUUUUCCAUUUGAUACUAUAAUUGAAGAAUCUUCAGAGUACUUCACCUAUAUGUAUACAUAUAUCUAUAAAUAAAUAUUCUGAAAAAUUGC